UUGAGAUAUGCAAUAUUAAUGGUGGACUCAAGAAAAGUGGAGCCCUGUCUUUAUUAGACAUAAUAAAAAAAAAAAAAACAAAAAACAAAAGUAAACUAUUGGCUCAGGAAACCACAUGCCACGAAAACCUUAUAAAUCUCUGAUUCAGUAACUCAAUCUCACCUAUAGUUCUUGACUCGGUUCUCUAUAUUUUUCUGAUAUUUUUCUCUCUAUUUUUGUGCCUUCGAAAACUCGUAGAAAAGCAACAAUGGUGACCAAGAAGCCAAGAAUUGUGAUAAUUGGAGCAGGAAUGGCUGGCCUUACAGCUGCAAGCAAGCUCUAUACUGCCACUAGCUUCAAAGACUUGUUUGAGCUGUGUGUUGUGGAAGGUGGGAGUAGAAUUGGUGGCAGAAUCAACACUUCCGAGUUUGGUGGUGACCGGAUUGAGAUGGGCGCAACUUGGAUCCAUGGCAAUGGAGGCAGCCCAAUUUACCAAAUUGCUCGAGAAAGCCAUGCACUGGAGUCUGAGCAGCCAUGGGAGUGCAUGGACACGUGCCCUGACGAGCCCACCACCAUUGCUGAAGGGGGAUUUCAGCUAACUCCAUCUAUUGUCGAGCCUGUGGCGACCCUAUUCAAGAACCUGAUGGAUUAUGCUCAAGGAAAGUCAAUCCAAGACCGUGCAGGCAGUGACUACUCUAACCUUUCAGCUAAGGCUUUGAAGAUUCCUGCAAGCAAUGGUGGCCAAGGAAAGCUCAGUGUCGGUUCUUUUCUACGACAAGGACUAAAUUCUUAUUGGGUUUGUAAGAAAGAUCAGGGAGAGCUCCAAGGAUAUGGUAAAUGGAGCAGAAGGAUGCUUGAAGAAGGAGUAUUUGCAAUUCAUGAGAACAUCCAGAGGACUUAUACAUCAGCUGGUGAUCUUUUAUCUUUAGAUUAUAGUGCAGAAAGCGAAUAUCGUAUGUUUCCUGGUGAAGAAAUCACCAUUGCCAAAGGCUACAUGAGCGUAAUCGAGUCCCUAGCUUCUGUUCUACCACCUGGUUUAGUCCAAUUAGGCCGAAAGGUCACAAGAAUUGAAUGGCAGCCUGAAGAGCAUGAAUCUUCAGACAAGGAAAAAGUUCAUGGUGCUAGGCCAGUGAAGCUGCAUUUCUGUGAUGGUUCCAAUAUGUUGGCAGAUCAUGUUAUUGUCACGGUUUCGUUGGGAGUGCUUAAAGCCGGAAUUGGGGAAGAUUCAGGUUUGUUCAGUCCUCCCCUGCCUUCAUUUAAGUCUGAGGCAAUAUCAAGGCUCGGUUAUGGCCUUGUCAACAAGUUGUUUCUGCAAGUGGAAGGCGAUGAUUUCAACAAGUUUCCAUUUCUCCAAAUGGUUUUCCAUAGACCUGACUCGGAAUUCAGGUAUAAAAAAAUACCUUGGUGGAUGAGGAGGACAGCUACUCUGUGGCCAAUUUAUAGCAAUUCCCGUGUCCUGCUAUCUUGGUUUGCAGGAAAAGAAGCAUUAGAGCUUGAAUCACUCCAAGAUGAACAGAUCAUUGAUGGGGUUUCAACAACAAUCUCAAGCUUUCUAUCACAACCCCACAAGCAAGUCAACUCAAACAGCCGUGAACUACGCAAUGGGAACAUGAAUUCUAUGAAAAACUGUCAUGAAAGUGAAGUGAAAGUCACCAAAAUACUGAAGAGCAAAUGGGGUACGGAUCCUUUGUUUUUGGGGUCUUACAGUUAUGUUGCAGUUGGAUCAAGUGGCGAUGAUUUUGAUACGAUGGCCGAGCCAUUGCCAAAACAUGACAAUGCUGUUUCGCCUUCACUUCAAAUUCUGUUUGCAGGAGAAGCAACGCAUAGAACCCACUAUUCUACAACUCAUGGAGCUUACCUCAGUGGUCUUAGAGAGGCCAAUAGGCUUCUUCAUCAUUAUCACUGUGUUGAGCGGCUAAGAAUGGGAGGAAAAGGAAGGAAAAUUAUGAAGGAUGAAAGAGAGAGAAGGCAACAUUUUUAGGUGUACUGUAAGAACUAAAGAAUUUCCUUUAAUUUUUAUUUUCCUUUUUUGUUUUUCUGUUGGGUUCUCUUUGUUUGUGAGCGCAGUUUUGCUGUUCAUUUGAUCCCUUUAGCUUCAAAGCAAACCAACUGAGAUUGUGUUUGACAUUUGAUAUUCUAAAGAAAAGAACAAGAAAGCUUUGGAUCCCA